AUGCUCAUCAACGCCAAAGAGAAUACAGAAAAAGUCAUCUAUAUUUCCCGACAUGGGCAGUCAGAAAUGAACGUGAAAGAUAUCAUCGGAGGGAAUGGAUAUCUUUCUCCUAGCGGCGUCGAGUACGGGGAGAAGCUGGGCGACUUUAUUGCAAAUCACAUUGACCAGGAGAAAACACGUUUUGUGACGAGCUCUAUGAAUCGAACGAGACAAACGGCAAAGCUGGCUGGGCUGGACCCGGACCAGAUAAACGACCUGGACGAAAUAGACGCCGGUGACUUCGACGGACUCAGCUACGGCGAGGUCAAAUGUCGGUAUCCAUCGGAGUACGAGGCGCGCAAGGCUGACAAACUGAACUACCGCUACCCGAAUGGCGAGAGCUACGUGGACUUGCUCAAACGCACGCGUCGUGCUAUCCAAAAUGUCGACUUCGAGAGCUGCGACAACUUCCUGAUCAUUCACCAGGCCGUGGCCCGUUGUUUGAUAGGCAUUCUGCUUGGCCUCAGCGACGAGAAAGUCCCACAGAUGGAGGUCCCACUCCACACUGUCAUCAAAAUACAGGGCUCGGAGAUUACCUACCACAAGCUUCUCUAA